AUGAUACUGGCAGAAGAAAAGACACAUAGACCAAUCGAAGAAAAUAGAGAUUCCAUAUACAGAGCUUUGCAAGUAUAUCAGCUGAAUUUUGACAAAGGAUCCCCCACUCGCACCAAGGUGGCUGCUGAGAAUCCCAGUAACAAAGAGAAAUACUCAAUGCUCUCCAGCACUGACGGUGGACAGUUUAAGAAAAGCUCCAAGAUUCCUUAUAAGGCCAUUGCCUGCGCCACCGUGCAGUUUUUGACUGGUGCCUUUCUCAUUACCACCGGCUGCCUCCUGCUGGCGGGCUACAUCGGCAAAGUAGGCGCCAAGAGGGGCGUUGCGGUUCUGAUUGUUGGCAUCCUGGUGUUCUUGCCGGGGUUUUACCACCUGCUCAUCGUCUACAGAGCACAUCGAGGCUGCCAGGGCUACUCCUACCAAGACCUUCCGGACUGUGGCGACUAA